AUGAAGCUGUACUGCCUGUCAGGACAUCCAACCCUACCGUGCAAUGUACUCAAGUUCAAAUCCACCACCAUCAUGUUGGAUUGCGGACUGGACAUGACAUCUACCCUCAAUUUCCUCCCGUUGCCACUGGUUCAGAGCCCGAGGCUGUCCAAACUUCCUGGUUGGGUUUUGAAGGAUGGAAGCACAUUUCUGGACAAGGAACUAAAGGAGUGCUCUGGCCAUGUGUUUGUAGACUCUGUGCCUGAGUUCUGUUUACCAGAGACUGAGCUGCUUGACCUCUCCACGGUAGAUGUAAUCUUGAUCUCAAACUAUCACUGCAUGAUGGCAUUGCCCUAUAUCACAGAGUACACAGGAUUCACUGGAACAGUGUAUGCCACUGAGCCCACUGUUCAAAUUGGCAGACUUCUCAUGGAAGAACUGGUGAAUUCCAUUGAACGCGUGCCAAAGGCUCAGUCUGCCUCCAUGUGGAAGAACAAGGAGGUACAGAGAUUGCUGCCUGCCCCUCUGAAGGACGCAGUGGAGGUGUCUAUGUGGAGGAAGUGCUACACCAUGCCAGAAGUGAACGCUGCGCUCAGUAAGAUCCAGCUGGUGGGAUAUUCUCAGAAAAUUGAGCUCUUUGGUGCUGUGCAGGUCACCCCUCUCAGCUCGGGCUACGCUCUUGGAAGUUCCAAUUGGAUUAUCCAGUCGCACUAUGAAAAGGUUUCCUAUGUUUCAGGAUCUUCUCUACUUACAACACACCCUCAGCCCAUGGACCAGGCUUCUCUUAAAAAUAGUGAUGUUCUCAUCCUGACGGGUCUUACACAAAUACCUACUGCUAACCCAGAUGGCAUGGUAGGAGAGUUCUGCAGCAACUUGGCUAUGACUGUCCGGAAUGGAGGAAAUGUGCUGGUUCCCUGUUACCCCUCUGGAGUAAUAUAUGAUCUGCUGGAGUGCCUGUAUCAGUAUAUUGACUCUGCUGGACUCUCCAAUGUCCCUUUUUAUUUCAUCUCACCUGUUGCCAACAGCUCCCUCGAGUUCUCCCAGAUCUUUGCUGAAUGGUUGUGUCAUAACAAACAAACAAAGGUAUAUCUUCCAGAACCUCCUUUUCCCCAUGCUGAGCUCAUUCAGACAAACAAAUUGAAACAUUAUCCCAGCAUCCACGGAGACUUCAGCAAUGACUUCAAGCAGCCGUGUGUUGUGUUCACUGGACAUCCCUCUCUUAGAUUUGGGGAUGUGGUUCAUUUCAUGGAGUUAUGGGGAAAAUCUAGCUUGAACACCGUUAUAUUCACAGAACCCGAUUUCUCUUACCUGGAUGCCCUGGCUCCUUAUCAACCUUUGGCGAUGAAAUGUGUUUACUGUCCCAUUGACACAAGACUGAAUUUUAUUCAGGUGUCUAAAUUACUCAAAGAAGUCCAGCCUCUCCACGUAGUUUGCCCAGAGCAGUACACUCAGCCACCACCCACCCAGUCUCAUCGCACAGAUCUGAUGAUAGACUGCCAGCCUCCGCCAAUGUCCUACCGCAGAGCAGAGGUGCUGACUCUUCCGUACAAGCGGCGCUAUGAGAAGAUCGAAAUCAUGCCAGAACUUGCAGAUUCGCUUGUGCCCUUGGAGAUUAAGCCUGGUAUUUCCUUAGCAACAGUUUCUGCCGUGUUGCAUACUAAAGACAACAAGCAUGUGCUGCAGCUCCCUCCAAAACCUCCGCAACCUCCCGCCAGCAAGAAGAGAAAGCGAGUGAGUGAUGACGUGCCAGAGUGUAAACCUUUGAAGCCAUUGCUGAGUGGCUCCAUUCCUGUGGACCAGUUUGUGCAGACGCUGGAGAAGCAUGGUUUCAGUGAUGUGAAGGUGGAGGACACAGCCAAGGGCCACAUCGUACUCCUCCAGGAGGCGGAAACCCUCAUUCAGAUUGAGGAGGACUCCACACACAUAAUCUGCGACAACGAUGAACCUUUGAGGGUGAAACUGCGUGACCUGGUUCUCAAAUUCCUGCAGAAAUUUUAGCUCAUGGACAUCAUGCUGCUCUGCAAGGAGAGACCCCAGAGCACCAGAGCUAAGAGCUUUCCAGAGGGUGACCCCAGGGAGAGAGAGAAUUUCUUGAUUCAAAGAGACCACAAACCACCUUCCCCUUCAUGGAGAAGCAAGGAAGUAUUUUUAAUAUCGAUCUCUUUUUUAAAUUUUAUUUUUAACUGGUUUUGGAAUACUUUGGAGGGGAUUCCUGUUCUGUAAAAUUGAGAGUUGGAAUGUUAUAGGAGACAUGAACUGCAGAGUAAAUAAAUACUGUAUAUUUACAAGGUCAGGGUGAAAUUGUGUGCAGAUGCAGACAUUUCUCUGUGUGACCCUCUCAGCAAUGUAUGCCCCGGUCCUUUACCUGAGAAAACUCUGUAGGAAUAUUGAAACAAUGGCCUUAGAUAUUGAGAGAUUUCUUUUUCUCCCCGCUGCUUCUUCCUGGUCACCAGAUCCAAUUUCCUGUCUGUUCCUCCAUCUGCGUUGGGCAUGUGUAUUUCACUGGCACGAACAGGAAUGAGAAAGCUGGUAAGACAAAGAUGAUAAAAAUAGAAAAAGGGGGCUAUGCUGGACAUGUAGAAUAGCUUCGAAGCGGCAAGAGCCUGGCCAUUCCCUGCAAAAGCAGAGGGAUUUUGGAAAAGUUAGACGCUUUAGCAGUGCAAGGUGUUUAUUGAUGCCGCACCCUCACCUGUUAUGACCAGAUUUGUCCACCUAGCUCUAGGCUCUUCACUGAGACACGCAAAGGACUGGUUUCUCCUGAGUUCCUCCAUCAUCAGUGGAGGAAGUAUCUCAGGAAGAUGCUUUCAAAAGUACAUAAAGUAGUUAAACUCCUAGUGCUCAUGAAAAACCUUUGAGAUUUAAGUGCCUCUUGUUUCUACCUUGCGAAAACCUGUCCUUUCAGCCCCCACAAUCCCAAAUCCUGGUUGAAAUACUGAGUCAUUUAUACAAAGCCGUCUAUACUGCAGACCUGGGGAGGUUUUUCACUCCCAAAAUCAUAUAUUUGGGGCCUAAACUUAGUUAAUAGUAUGGCUUUUAAAAGCGUCCGAUUUCUCAGAUUUACUGCUGUUUGUUUUUUAUUGGAUUGUUUUGUAUUUAUUUGGUGUUAAAAAUAAAAAGCAUAGUAAGACU